AUGGCACAACUCGGAAGCUUUAACGAUGUUUCAGGUGAAACGGAGGAGAAACUUACAUAUGAAGUUAUUGGAGAAGUAGCAGGUCCAGUUUCACCAGAAGAGAAGGGUAUUUGGAACGAGAAAUUGCCCAACAAAAGCUUUCAGUAUUCUAUCAAUGACAUGCAAGAAAAAUCUGAGGCAGUUUGCAUGGAUACAAGAGACGAAAUUCCAGCAAAUAUUUUGCCUCAGGAUAAUGAAAGUGAAACUUCAAUGCAAGGUGCUGAAACCGGAGAAGUCAAUGCUAGUGCUUUUGGUAAUGGCACUCAAGCUUUGCCAUCCGAGGAAAGGACCACGCCUUUCACUUCAGAAUCUUUUUCAAUAAGCCCUCUUGAUCAUGCACUGGUGGAUGGAGAAACGAAUGCCAGUGGUGGAAGAGUUGUGUGUCAUCCUUUCAUUAAAGACUUUGCUGCUAGUGGUGAAACAGCUGUUGUACAAGAGGACAAUAUGGUGGAGCAAAAAGCAACAUCACCCCUGAAAGCUGAGCUUACUGAGUGCAGUGGUGUCAAUGUGGAUGCAGAGUUGCAUGACCCCAAUAUGAGUGUCACAAUCAAAUAA